AUAGAAGCUCAGUAUGAAUCUGAUACAUCGGUCAAUAUACUAGUUUGUUUUCAUCACACCAGCUCGGAAAGAAUUACUUUGCACUUCAAAAACGAAUAGCAAAGUUGCAUUUUAUCCACAUGUGAGGCAAAGUAAUCAAAUGCAAAUUUUGAGUUGUUUUUUUAUGUUUGCUGGUAGAAUUGACUUUUAAAUGAUGUUUUUGAAUGAUAAAUAUUUAAUAACAUUCAUUUGGAUUUGAUUUGGUUUGAUUUUGUUUGAUAUUUUACAUUUAAUAUUUGCUUCGGGUUGGUGUGGUGAAAAUUUUUGUGUUUCACUCGGGGGCAAAUUUUGUUUAACCCUCGUGCUUUGAAACCCUCGCAACGCUCAUGAUUCCAUUUUUCGAACCACUCGCUACGCUCGUGGUUCAAUUUUGGAAUCUUUCGCUUGCUCGGGUAUCAAUAUUAGCACGAGCGGUUAAACAACUUUGCCCCCUUGUAAAACAAAUAACUAUUAAACGGCGUAGCAUGCAAAAUGGAUAGAGUGAAUUUCACCGUCAAUGGGAAACAAUUUACGGGCGCGGAGGUGUCAGUGGACACGACGCUGACCGAAUACAUCCGGCGCUGCGCGGACCUGCGCGGCACCAAGUACAUGUGCCUGGAGGGCGGCUGCGGCGCGUGCAUCGUCAACGUGCGCGCGCGCUCCGCCAGCGGCGAGCGACCCACCUUCUCUGUCAACACGUGUCUUGUUGCUGUGCUGUCCUGCGAAGGCUGGGAUAUUACUACCAUAGAGGGAAUCGGAAACAGACAGAACGGGUACAAUAUAAUACAAACUCGACUUAACAACUACUUUGGCUCGCAAUGUGGAUACUGUAGCCCGGGAUUCGUUAUGAGCAUGUACAGUCUAAUUCAAGGCAGUGAGCAUCAUUUAAGCGAAGAACAGAUAGAGAAGUCGUUUGGCAGCAAUCUCUGCAGAUGCACCGGCUAUCGUCCUAUCCUGGAGGCUUUCAAGUCGUUCGCGGUGGACCCUGACCCGAAAAUACUCCGAAAAAUAAAGGACAUCGAAGAUAUUGACAACUUAAUUUGUCCAAAAUCGGGAGUCAAAUGUGGUGGAACUUGUGGCAACAACGAUCAAGACUGGUGUCUGAUCAAUGCUCAUGUUAUGGACAAAGAGGAGCCCGUGCCUAAGAAGAUAUCAUUGUCCGAUGGCAGGAUAUGGUUCAGAGUAAAUAAUAUAAAAGCUAUAUUUGAAUCUCUGGAUCAAGUGAACGGUUACAGCAACUACAUGUUGGUUGCUGGUAAUACGUCUAAAGGAGCAUACCCCAUCAAGUUUUACCCUAAAGUGCUAGUAGACAUAAGUGGUGUCGCCGAGUUACGCUCCCACUAUCUAGACGUCAACUUGGUUCUCGGAGCUAACACGACGAUUACUGACACGAUCCACUUGUUUGACGAACUGAGUAAAACCAAUGCCGACUUUUGGUACUUGGAAGUCUUGAGAAAACAUUUGGAGGAAGUUGCUCACAUACCUGUUCGGAACAUUGGUACAUUAGCUGGGAAUUUAAUACUGAAGCACGAGCACCCCGACUUUCAGUCGGAUAUUUUCCUUUUGUUUUCGUGUGUUGGAGCGAUUGUUACUCUAGUGGACCGUACAAUGACUCAAACGGAGCUGAGUCUGCCUGAGUUUUUGACUGCAAAUAUAGUUGGCAGAGUCAUGACGCAAAUUAAACUGCCUCCGUUAUCCAGACAUCAUGACGUAGUGACUUACAAGAUACCAGCAAAAGAACAAAAUGCGCAUGCUGAAGUGAACGGGGCGUUUCUUUUCAAAUUUGAUCCCAAAUCUCAUAAAGUGCUUAAAGCAUCAAUUGUAUAUGGAGGAAUAAAGCCGACGUUCACUCAUGCUUAUAACACAGAAAAGUUCCUCAUUGGUCGAAACCUUUUCACAAAUGAUACGCUGCAAGGUGCUCUGCACUGCUUGGAUAAGGAAGUUGAUCCAAACUUUAAUCCACCAGAGCCUAAGCCGCAUUUUAGGAAAAAAGUGGCUUUAGGCUUAUUUUAUAAGGCCGUCAUCAAACUGUGUCCACGCGAAAUCCUCAGUCCAAAAUACGUUUCGGGCGCCACAACCGCCUACGAAGACCGGCCUCCCGUGAGCCGCAGCUACCAGGAGUACGACACCAGCAGACCAGACUACCCCAUCACUCAGCCGCUGCUGAAGAAGGAGGGUCUGAUCCAGUGCGCGGGCGAGGCCAAGUACGCUGACGAUAUACCUAGAAUAUCUGAUGAAGUGUUCGCCUCGUUCGUUGUUUCUACAAUAGCGCGAGGUGAAAUACAAAGUAUCGAUUACGCCGAUGUCCUUAAAAUUGAACGCGUGAUUGCGGUUUACACUUCUAAAGACAUCCCGGGAGUGAACAGCAUCGUGCGUGGAGACUUUCAACUUUUGUUCGAAAACGAAGAACUUUUCGCGAGCGACAAAAUAUACUUUUACAACCAGCCCGUGGCUCUAGUCGUGGCCGAAACCCAAGUCAUAGCCGAUAAAGCAGCAUGUCUUGUUACUGUGAAGUAUAAGAAUAUUUCGAAGAAACCAAUAAUUUUCACUAUACAAGAUGCUAUUGACGCGCCGCCCUUGGAAAAUAGGCUGAUAACAUAUGAAGGGAUUACUCCGUCAGAUAGAGGAGUCAACGUGCAAAGAAUAAUCAAGGGUUCCUUCUACUCUCCGAGACAAUAUCAUCAUAUGAUGGAAUUGCAUUCGACGGUCACGUGCCCAGUGGACAAUGGCUAUGAAAUAGAUUGCUCUACUCAGUGGAUGGAUGUCACUCAGGCAGCCAUUGCGCAGCUACUGAAUAUUCCUAAUAGCCUAGUGAGAGUUCGAACAAGACGUUGCGGGGGUGCGUUCGGUUGCAAGAUCGCCAGAAAUAUGUUCGCUGCGUGCGGCACAGCCCUAGUCGCGUAUAAACUGAACAGGCCUUGCCGCAUAGCUAUGCGCAUGCAGGAUAUUAUGCGCAUCACUGGUAAAAGACCAGAUAGCAGGCUUGACUAUGAGGUCGGCGUUGACGGAAACGGCCAAAUCCAAUAUUUAGAUGGAACCUUCUACGUCAACGACGGCAUGUCCCGAAACGAGAAUGAAAACUCUUACGCCACGGAUUCUAUGAAGAAUUGCUACAAUCCUGAUCGAUGGAAGGUUGAUUCUUUCGGUCCUAUUACUGACGCUCCGACUAAUUGCUUCAUGAGAGCACCAGGUGGUUUUGAAGGCAUAGCAGCUAUUGAACACGUUAUGGAGCAUAUAGCUAAAGAAAUAAAAAGAGACCCUAUAGAAGUCCGUUUCAACAACUACCGAGUUGAUGACAACCAGCUACCGGAAAUCGUCCCCGAGUUUCUAAAGAAAAGCGAUUUUACCAAGAGACUCGAAUAUAUAAAGGAGUUCAAUGCCAAAAAUCGUUGGAAGAAACGAGGAUUAAGGCUAAACAAUAUGGCUUUCCCUACACAGUAUCUCGGGAAUUAUGGAGCUUUAGUUUCUAUCUACCACGGGGAUGGAAGCGUAGCAGUAAAUAUAGGCGGCAUCGAGAUCGGCCAAGGCAUUAAUACUAGAAUAGCGCAAGUAGCAGCUUCUGAGUUGAAGGUACCUGUCGAGAAAGUAGCCGUUCUGUCGGCGUACGAUUUUGCCACCCCCAACAAUUUUUCUACUGCGUCGAGUAUAACUACUGAAUGUUGUGCUCUAUCUGUGAUAAGAUGUUGCCAGCAACUCAACGCACGACUGGCGCCGUUCCGUGCACUCAUGCCGGAUGCUACCUGGGAACAAGUUGUUUUCGAGGCUGAUCUUAGAGGAGUUCUGCUGCAGGCGAACUACGAGACGAGUCCGAAUGACCCUCGCUUGCAGAAUUAUUCUAUAUUCGGUGUCGCCGCGACAGAAGUGGAAAUAGACGUGUUGACUGGCACGAAAUACAUAGUUCGCGCUGAUAUAUUCGAAGAUGCUGGCCGCACUAUUAAUCCGGCUCUGGAUGUUGGACAGGCAAGUAUAAUAUCCAAAGACUUCCCAAUCACGAUUCCUUCUCCAUCAAUCUCAAUCAUGACGAGCGGUCUGGCCUAG